GUGAUUAUAGUGGGCUUCUCUUGUUUCAGAUGUUGGGCCUAGAAUUCUGCAAUUCGUGUUCGUGUAUACACGAACAAUGAGAUUUCAGAGGAAAUUGGUUUUACUUGCGAGCUCGGAUGUAAUUUACAGGGGGAACUGCUGGGGGUGAGUCUUAAUCCUGGAGAUUAGAUUUACUGGAAUUAUUUUCAGUUUUGGUCAAUUGAGGUUAUGUUAACCAUAGUUAAAGUAUAAUUUAUUUCACGAUAUACCACACAUAUACGCGCCAAACAAUGUAACAUAUCAAUAAUGCAAUAUUGUCUUGUCCACGCUAUCAGAUAUGAUUUGAACCAGGCAAGGAUGAGCACUUCUAAAAGCUUGUGCAUGUAUUUAAUGGAUAGUUUUGUGUCUGUUUGUGAGCUUGCUUCGGCCGCUGCAGGUAGCUUGGUAGGAAAUAGUUUUGCAGCCACCAAGAAAACAAACAAUCCUCGAAGUACUUUUUUUUUCCAAUGGUGAUUUGCAUAACAAGAAACUAUAAAAUGGGUUUUAUAUUUUGCUAAGCGAUUUUCUUUUAUUGUUUCCCUGGAGUGAACGACUAUUUGGCAACAUUGUUGUUGCAGCUGAAGAGUGGGCUGUCUUAACUGAGCCAGACUGCUCGCUGCAGCAUCAGUAUCACAGGGAUACCGGCAAAAUCGAGCCCGGAGUCUUCAAUCUGCUUCUUGCAUCAAGCUGUUCAGGUAUACACAUCAGAGAGCCUAGACAGAGUAUGAUUCUUCGUCUCCAUACAUCUGUGAAUCCAGGAAAGAAAAUGCAUUACAGAGUGAUAUCCAAUCAAUGAAAACUGAAUUUAAAUACAAGGGGAGAAUGACGGUUCCUGCUAUGAUUGUACCCAAAAGCAACACAAAAGUGUUAUGCUGUACCAAUAACUGUAUGUGAGGUUGGCAUGAGACUCAGAGGGAGGGAUCCUCAAGGUUCUGCUUUGCCGUGGAUAGCCAACGUUCUAGGAGUUCAGAGUGUGAGACUGCGACUGAGGCUGGAUCGUCACGACAACAGGGGUAAAGGCUGCUGGCAGCUGGUUGACUUGGGUGGUGGGAGCGAAAGAAGCUGCCGCAGACUGAGAGAUCGGAUACAGCCAGCUUCAUCUCAGAGUCCAAUGAGUAUUCCUGCAGCCUCAGUGCAGAAACAAGACAAUAGUGAAAUGCAAUCGCCUGCAAUGAGUCCCACAUUCAUUCCCGGGCAGAGAGGGAAAAUACCAGGCAGAAAACGGGGGAGACCGCCUCUCCGUUCCACUGUCUCCAAAAUGGAUUUCCAGAAUCGAUACUCGGAGUCCCUUUCGCCCUUGAAAGUACCUAAGAAGAGGGGCCGAAAGCCUGGCUUUAAGCUCAAGUCUCGGAUUGUGAUGACUCCUCUGGCUAUCUCCCCUCCCAGCAGUACCCCCGAGCCAGACAUGAGCUCCAUACCUCAAGACGCCGCCACUGUUCCUCACUCUGUCACCCCACAAGUGCUCACAGUUUGCAUUUAUAUAAACAAGCAAGCCAACGCAGGUCCUAAUCUUGACAGGAAAAAAGUACAACAGCUUCCAGAUCAUUUUGGGCCAGACAGACCGUCCGUAGUGUUGCAGCAAGCAGUGCAAGCGUGCAUUGACUGUGCUUUCCAGCAAAAGGCUGUCUUCUCUCUGCUCACUCAAGGUUAUGGUGGAGAGAAAAUAUCAGCCACAUUUGAUGGGAAACAGCACCUCCUUAGCCUGCCAGUAGUGAACAGUAUUGGCUAUGUACUGAGGUUUCUGAAGAAGAUGUGCCGUAGUCUGCAUUGUGAGAAUCUCUUCAGUGAUCAGCCUUUCAUGCAGCACAGUGCAGCCUCCUACCACAGUGAGAAGUACUUUGAGGGGAAUGCACACUCCACAGCAGAAACUUCAAUGCCGGAAGAUUACCUGGUCGACCCCAUAGAUCCAAAAAGAUACUCUGUGGACCCCUCUGAUUCUGCAUUUAACUUGAUGAGCUCUCCCUACCCGCCAAAGCCCUCCUACGGCUACCGCUCCUGCCAGCAGUUCCCUGGAGGGCCCGCCCCAAUAGGUCCGUGCAGGCAGGCAUCCAGCCCCAGCACCUUCCAGGAAGGAAAUAGAAGUGCCUAUAGUCCUUCACCCGAGACGCAGGAGACUGCCCCUCCACUCAGCAAAGACCCUUCCACCUGGACAGUGGAAGAUGUGGUCUGGUUUGUGAAGGAUGCAGACCCCCAUGCUUUGGGGCCGCAUGUAGAGAUAUUCAGGAAACAUGAGAUAGAUGGAAAUGCUUUGCUUCUCCUGAAGAGUGACAUGAUCAUGAAAUACCUGGGACUGAAGCUCGGGCCAGCAUUGAAACUCUGCUAUCACAUCGAUAAACUAAAACAGGCAAAAUUCUAAAUUUACUGAUGGGGCAGGACAACAUGUGGUUAAAAGCAUUAAACAGUGAAGUAAUGCAGGUUAGAGAAUAUUUCUGGAAAAUAACUAAUUUGAUUGCAUUUCUAGAAAAUGUAUUACUUUUUAAGUUUUUACCAGCACCAGGCCAAGUAGAGAUGUGUGCAAGGUGGAAGAAUUACCUGCAGACAAUGCAAAUUAACUGUUAUUUUUGUUUAUCGAGAUCUGGCUGCUAUGUGCCAGCAGGCAUUCCAUAGUUUCAGUGAGCUGUUAUGUACUAAAUAUAUGCGUCAGAACUUUGUAAACUACAGGGUGACAAUUUAAACGAUAUGUGACAUUUUUCUAUGUAAUUCUAGGUUAAUUAUCACAGAAGGACCUGUUUCGAUGUAUCACUAGCCCGUAGCCCACACAGCAACAUCUACCUUAAUAUAAUUCCAAAAAGUCUGAACACCUCAAACUCAUUAUUUUGAGAAUUUAGCUUUGGUAGAGGCCUAAGAGAUCUUGGGUCCAAGGGGAUCCUAAGGCAGUGGAGUUUGAAAAUGGACACCCAUGCUUACAGCUUCUAUUCCUACACCUACUGGCUACAUCACAGUAUUACCAUGUACAUAUUCAUAAGAGAUACAGAACAAUACGUCAUCGCCACCUGCUGGGCAUUUAACACAUUACAGCUCACUGUAGCCAAUCCUAAAUUCAUAUGUGAUUUAUCUGCUUGAUCAUUGAACUGAGAGAUAUCUUUAUCCACAUGCUACCUAGUUGUCUGGCAUAUCUCUAAGGCCAUGCUAGUUUUAAAAUGUAAGAUUCAAGUCUGUGUAGAAAUUGAAUUGUUAGAGCAGCUAAACUUUAAGCAGAAACAUAUUUUUUGGCAGGGGUUGUUUUGCCAUUGCAUUACAACUUAGUCAUGUUUUCCAUUAGAAACUGAAUGAGGCAAUAUCUUGGUAGUGCUUUUAGUUUUUGCAUUUACAUCUCUGUACUGUACACUUGCUUCAGGUAUAAAUGGUGUUGGAAAAAACAGUUUCUAUAUAUACAGUAUACGAGUUUGAUGUUUUAUAUGUACCUGUGUAUUCCAAUUGAAAAUCAUUUCAUUUCCAAUGAAGUUAGUAAUGUAUGUUAAGAAAUUAUUCCCAGUACUGUUGUAUGUUUUCUGGCAAAUUUUUAUGAAUUUGUUUUAGUUAUUUUUCAAACCUAUACAUAAGAGAAAGAUUAAUUACAAAUACACUGUGGGCAGUCUGGAAAGUUGUAAACAUUACAGUUUAAUUGCCUUCAUAUACUUCCAAGCUUUUAGCUAUAGAAGCUGCAUCUACUUGUAUUUGCUUAGGUAGUCUGUCAUGCGCCAUACUUUUUUGGUUCCUUCAAUCUUUACUUACUGCCAUUUUAAAAUAAGAUGGAGACCUGUUAGGAGCAGUUUCAGCUGAAAGCAGAAUCUUGCUUUUUUUUCCUUCCAAAGUAGCUUUAAAAGCCGAGGUACUCUGUGCAAAACACUGGGCCCACAAAAUGCUCUAACAUUUUAGCUGAACCGUCAAUGUUACUUGCUGACUGAACAGUCUCUGCAUCCAGUGGGAGCCAGUCUUUCUGGAAGACUACGUGUGUGCGUAUGUGUGUGUGUGUGUGUGUAUGUACUGCGUUUGUAUGUGUGUUUUUUAUUGAUAUCUGUAUGUGAAUGCUGCUUUUUAUGAUACUAGGCAUAUAAGCCAAGUUUAAAAAAAGAUAUGUUUAUUACUGAGAUUCUUAGAGGCACUGGUGUGUGUGUGUGUGUGUGU